AUGGCGCCCGGUACACCUGCCCUCGACCUCAACACGAUGCUCAAUGCAGAUCGCGAACGUCGCAAGAAUGAGACUCUGGCUAAGGAGAUAUUCGGGAAGAACCGCAGAGCGAGCGCGCCCAGUGGAUCGUACAAGCGCAACACCAAGCCUGGAGCAGUCCCAUCUUUGGCAAGCAGGAUAGGUGUGAUUGGGGCCUCAGUCACAAAGCGGAAUGCAUCGAGUGCAGCGAGACCAGCCAGGCCGACGGCGAGACCACAACCAGCCGUAAAUGUCAACUCGGAAUGGACCCACGACCUUCAUAACUCCAACAACCUUUCAUCGAGAGCCUCCCAAGCACCUCCUCGCGGUCCUAAGGCUGGGCGUGCGAACCGCAAUGAACGAAUACACUCUGCGCUCAGUGGUUCAGCCACGUCGCCUUCGCUCAACGGCCAAUUCAACAUAGUCGGUACCUCCAAGCCUGCCUCCAGCAUAUCGAUUCGCGGACUGGCAGGCCCGGCUCUAGUAGUCAUAAAGAACCUCGCAACAGGAACUACAGCAGCAGAUAUAGAAUCUGCAAUGGCACCAGUCGGAGGAUCUGUGCUGAGCUCCCGUAUUACUUCUGAGAGACCGAAGGUUGUCGCAGAGCUUGUCUUCGAGACGAAAGAGGGUGCUGACAACGUUGUUGAUACCUUCAACAACCAGAAUGCUGAUGGCAACCGACUCGAAGUCUACCACCACACCGGUCCGCUCCCAGCCUACGUAAAGCUACCAGUUCAACCCCCCGCACAACAAAUACACACACCGCAAGGACCACGAGCAGAUAUCAAUAGAGACAGACGCUCAGGAUACGAAAACCACCGGUAUCCACUGCGAGAGCGCAGUCGGGAGCGAAGACGGCAAUACAGCAGAGACGAUGUGACAGAUGGAUCGUAUGGCUUCGAUGACCGGAUGGAAACUGACGAAUUCGUGAACGGAGGCUUGUACAGCGAUAACCUGAUCUCAAGCAAAGGUCGAGGAACAGUCAACAACAGAGAGCGCGGUGGUGACUGGGGAGAAAGAAGACAGUCCUACAGAUGA